AAAAUAAAAAAGUUCAGUUUACUUUCAAAAAAGCAGCCGUUGGCAGUGACAGUUGGAAAUUGCAACAAAGUGUAGCAGAUUCUCCCGGUUGCCAUGGAGACGAGUCAGCGUGCAGAGAGCAGGGAGUUCCAGUGCCCGGCUGAACUGCGCAGCGCACAGGCCAGGAAGCAUCAUAAACUGAGCGUGCUGAGAGAGAACCCGGAGUGUCUGUACACAGACUACUCUGGGACAGGAGACAAGAAGAUGAGAAGCAACCUCAUCUUCUACACUCAGCACCUCAAUGCCUGGCACACUGCUGUGUGUAAGACGUACAGCAACGUCACAAAAAGAGGGAUCUGCCAAGGUAGACAGAUCCUCUUAAGAGAAGACUCUGACCCGGACAGCACAGUCCUGAGUAUUAAUGUCUACCACAGCGGAACUGUGUUGAUCCAGGGCAGUGAGGCUAGCCUGACCUCCUUUGAAAAAAAAUAUAAACAACUAAAAGAGGCAGCAGAGAUUGAAAAAACAAACACUACAGCCAACGACCCCGAGAACACCGACCCUGAAGACCCUGAAGAUCCUACCUCAGACAGCACAACACCCGACACCAACCUGCCCCCCCCCACGACCCCCAGCGACACCCAGCACAUGCGGGAGUGCCUGGCCCUGCUGGAGCUGGAGUUUGUGGAGUUCAGAGAACUUACACUGGCCAGGCUCAAGGAAACCAGCAUCACCCAGCACCUCAGAGAUGAGGUGAGCCAGCUCAAGAGAGAGAACAGGGUGGCCAUCACCGAGCUGACCAGCGAGAUGAAGGACCUGCAGCAGGAGAAUGCGAACCUAAGGACCCAGCUGACCAGCGUCAAGGAGGAGAUGCAGCGCAGAGAGAAAACCACCAACAAGGAGCUGCAGGGAUUGAGGGAGCAGCUCCACAGAUACACAGCCCCCCCCAACCCUGCUCCCCGUGCUACCACCCCCGCUACACUCCCACCCCUGCUCCCCCCCCGCUCCCCCCCUAUUCCCACCCCCGCUGCCCCCCGCACUCCCACACCGGUCCCAUCCCCACCCCCGCUCCCCCCCCGCUCCCCCCCUAUUCCCACCCCCGCUGCCCCCCGCACUCCCACACCGGUCCCAUCCCCACCCCCGCUCCCCCCCCGGUCUCCCUCCCACCCCGCUCCCAUCCCCACCCCCGCUUCCCCCCCGCUCCCCCUCCCACCCCGCUCCCCCCCCCACCCCGCUCCCACCCCCAUCCCCACCCACACCCACAGCAUGCUGGCCAAAAAGAAGACAAACGCAGAAGUGGUCCUCCUCAUUGACAGCAACGGGAAAUACCUGGACAUGAGGAGACUGUUUCCCAGCCGGCGUGUCAACAACAUCCGCUGCACAAACACGGAGCGAGCCCUGCAGCUGCUGAACCGGGACACAUUGGGGAGCCCGAGCUGCAUCGUCAUCCACACCGGCACCAACGACCUGGGCUCCCUGCGCCACGACACUGCCAAGGCCGUGAGAAGGGUGGCUGAGAGAGCCACGCAGGAGUUCCCCGACUCCAGAGUGGUCAUCUCCACGCUGCUGCCCCGAGCCGACACCCACCCACACACCAUCAACGCUGUGAACGCAGAGAUCACCAGAGGCUGCGCUGCGCUGCCUAACGUGCACCUGGCACACCACCCCACAGUGGGGCCCUGGCACCUCUACGACAAGGUGCACCUCAACCAGGAGGGGGUCAAAGUCUUUGCCAAGACCCUGAAGGAUGCAGCCAUGGGCCGUAGCCCAGCCAGCCCCCCUCGCAGCAGUGCCAGCAGAGGCCAGCGUAGCAUGCAGCCCCCCCGCACUGCAGCGCACACAUCCCGCCCCCGCAGCACCGUACAGCCGCCCGCCAUCCGGCCCCCCACUCGUCCCACUACCGCCAGGCUCAGCGACCACCAGCAGCAACUCAGCUAUGCUGCAACUCUGUCCCGGCCCACCCCCCCAGCCCCCACCGAACUGGGAGAGAUCAAACAGCUCCUCAGCAUCCUCUGCUCCAGGCUGCUGAACUGAGAC